AUGGCCAGCAAGGGUGGGGCAAGGCACUUCUCCAAGCCAAUGGUGGACCCCUUUGUGCUUUUCCAAACAUUGAACCAACAUGUCUCUUUGGUGUCUUCACUGGGAAGGUAUGAGACUGUCAGCAGGCAGCAAGCCACAGAUGCCAAGGGCCUAGUGCAUUGCCUGCCUCUGUUGGAAGCUUUGUUGGAUCUUUCCCCCACAGGUGAGAUCCACCCAGGUCCUCUGAGGCAAGCAUUGCUGAAGCUGGUCCAGCACAAACCGAAGAUAAACACAACAGACUUCAAUGGACUGGUAUACUGCAACAUGAGAGCAGAAAGGGUUACAACUGUCCUCCUUCAUCUUAGAAGGUUGAAAUCUGAGGAAGAGCUUGCAAAAGUAGCAGCAAAAGUGAGUGGAAAAGAAUACCAGCUGCUGAAAGAGCUUGCACAAAACUUGGCAGGCAAGGACACAGAGCAAAACAGUGAUGAGGAAAGAGAAGCUGCUUCCCUUGACAAAAGGGGGCAGCAAGAGGAAGAAGAAGCUGGCCCCCUUGCCAAAAGGAGGCAGCUUAAGAAAGAAGAUUCUGCCAUCUCCAUGGAUUCCAGUGGCUUCCCCAAGUGCUUGCAAAGCCCACAGCAAUCCAAUGCCUUGCCAUUGGAGGCUAGUCCUGACACCAAGGAUGCCCAAGCCAAACCUGAGCCAGUGAAAGAGGAGGAGGGCAUCAAACUCAAAGAAGGCAUCAAGAUCCUGUUUGAUGACAGGUGGGAUGUGAUCCAAGAGUGUGGCCAGUGGGGUAUUGAGUGCUUUGCCAUUGUGCCCUGGUGGAAUGCCCAUGGCUGGGGUAUGAACACCUACCCCACUUUUGAUGAAGCAGCCAUAGUCUUAAAAGAUUCUUUGACAAAAGAUGAAUCUGCUAAGCUGUGGUCCAAGCACAAAACCUAUUUGAAGGGAAAGGAAGAAGAGAAAGAGGCUCAUGAGCAGUUGGGGAAGAAGGAAAAAGGACUUGAAGUUGUUCUUUGGUUUCUCAAGCACAAGAAAGGUGUGUUCUUCCAUACAGAAACCUCCAAAGAAGCCAGUGAAACCUUGACAAAAGGUGAGAAAUGGGUCAGUGAACACAAGAUGCUGCAGGAUUUCAGCAAAGAUGAAUUUGAACAGCACUUGGCAUCAGGAAGGGUCAAAUGGCGCUCAGACCCAUGGACCCCUGGCAUCUACCAAUACUGUGACCAGGGGGACCUGACCAAACAGGUCCAGUUGAAGAAAAAGCACAAAGUCACAGUGGGGCAGGAAAGGGAAAUGGAUGAUGCAGAGGAUGAAAAGGAGUUCAUGAGCUACUGGGGCAAAGGCUCUUUGGCCAGCAUGCAGGAGGCUGAAGUUGCCUUCAAAGGCCAGGGCCCUGCCUUGACAAAAGGUAAGGGCCAAGGUGCCUUGACAAAAGGCAAAGGGAGCAGAGGAAGCAAAGGAAGAGGCAGAGGAGUGCUGGCCAUAGAGGAUGGUAACCCAAAUGACACAGAAGAUGACAAAGACAAGAAGACACCUGAAGAGCAAUGGGCUGAGUGCUUGACAAAAGCACAAAAAUCCAAAGAGCAUCUCAGGGUGGCAGUGGGAAACUUGGAAGAAGCUUUGGAAGCUGCUAGCCAAGCAGGCAGAACUUCCAAGCAAGACAGGAGCCAUGGUUUGGAGCUGGCCAAGCUAGAGACAGAGCCCUUGACCAAAGGGGAUGGUGAGCAGAGUGUGCUGGCACAAACACUUUUGUCCUUGUGGAGCCAUGGGCAGGGCCUUGCCAAAAGGCAGGUGCAAGACCCUGAGACUACCAUUCCAAUUUUCAUUCAUGCUGAUGGAGUCGAGUUCCAGAGUAGAGACUCCCUGAUGAUUUGGAAUUGGGGUGGGUUUCUCAAUGCACAUAGCAGUUUGACUUCCCAUUUCCUAAUCUGUGCUUGGCCAAAAUCUGCAACAGUCUCUGACACCUGGACCCCCAUCAUGCAAUGGGUGCAAUGGUCUUUGGAAGCACUGCAAGAAGGCUUACACCCAUGUUUUGGCCCUGACAAUGAACCCUUGCCAAAAGGGUCCAUUUUUGAACAGCUUGCUGGGCAGCCCCUCACAGGCAGAGGUUACAGGGCUGUGCUUUGGUCCAUUCAAGGGGACCAAGAAAUGUACAGCAAUGUUCUUCACCUGCCCCAUUGGAAUUCCCACAGCUGCUGCCAUGCUUGUGAUGCCCAGCAACCUUUCAUAAAAGGCAAGCCUUGUGGGAAGGGGAAGAGUUUCAAAGAAUUGCUGCCAGAGAACCAAAAAUUCAUUUACACUGACACAGCAGCAGCCUUAACAAAAGGUAGCCAGCACCAGCUGUUUGAAACCCCAGGCCUCACCAUUAGAAUGGUUCGACAGGAUGGGCUGCAUGUGCUUUUUGUGAAAGGUGUGUGUUCACACCUGCUUGGCUCUUUGCUUCACCAUGUGUGUUACAACCAAGGCAGAGGCAAGCAAAACAAGCAGCCCAGCCAAAGGCUGGCAUUGAUUUUCUCCAAGAUCCAGGAAAAUUACAAGGAACUUCAGACACCAACUCGACUCACCAACCUCAGAUUGAGCAUGAUCUGUGAUCCCUCCAAGCCUCACCAAGAGUAUGCCAAACUAGAAGCAAAAGGAGCAGAGACAAAACAUUUGCUCAGUGCAUUCUUACCAGUGCUGAAAAGCAUACUAGAACCAAACAAUAUCCUUCACCAACACAUGGUGGGAGCUCUGGAGGCAAUGGUGGACUUGGUUGCUGCAUUUGAUGCAGCAGGGCUGUUUCCUUGCCCAAAGGAAUUUCAAGCCAUGCAGGACCUUGACCAAAGGUUUUGCAGGCAUUACACAGAGCUGAACAAGUGGGCCCAGAAGAAUGACCAUAAACUUUACCACAUUGUCUACAAGCACCAUUGCCAACAUCACCUGGUCAAGGAGGCACAAUUCUUGAAUCCCAGGUACACAUGGAACUUCAGAUCUGAAGACUUUGUGGGGAGGGUGGCAACAUUAGCCAGAUCAUUGGCUAUGGGAGUCAAAUCAACAAGACUUUCAGGCAAGCUCAUGAUUAAGUAUCGCAUUCUUUUGCACAUGCAGCUGACAAGGCUUGGGUUUGACUUGGGUGUGUCUCCAGACAGUGAUGGUGAAGAAUGGUAG